AAGGUAUAAAUUCCGACCAAUGCCACACGUUUCAUUCAGUUUGAAAACGAUCAUCAUAUAAUAUAGAAGUUUCUUGUACUCAUCGAAGAGGAUUUUGAAUAGUAAAAUGACGUCAAUAGAAGUGUUUUACUCAACAAUUUUUAAAUUUGUACCGGAAUCCGUAACCUUCAGCGAAGUGAAUUUAGCAGCACGUGCCAAUACUUUAUCGGCAAACAAAACUCCAAGUGAUAUAAAUAUUAACAUAGACUGCUAUACGUAACAAGGAAAUUAAUUGAUUAGAAUUGACAGCUGCUGCAUUUCUAACCUUGAACCAAGAAGAGAUAACACGUGGCAAAAAUGGUUAAUUACUUUAUUUACGCGCGGGACUUUUCGUUCUCGACCCUCAAUAACAAGUAUUACCACACUAACGGCUUGAAGACUCUCGAGCAAUUCAAACGGGACGUUGAGAACAUCAAAGAAGAACAAUCACUUGCUGGAGAGCCUCCAGCUGAAUCUAAGAUCGUUUACUUGCACUGGGGAGACGACUGUUGGGAUGUGGAUGAAGAUAAGACCAGAACAGCGUACGUGGAUCAGAAGUGUGAACGAAUGGGCACGGACCCGGAGUGGAUUAUCAAACACCUGCAAAAGAAGUACGUCCUCCAUGAAAGCGAUAGGAUCAAGUUGCUGUACAUCAUCACGGACGGAUUGAUCUGUAAGGAGAGCGCUGAGAAAUGUUUCAAAUUUAACGAAUUCAUGCAGUACGACACUGUCGUUUUCCACGCGCUCAAUGAACAAACGGCCAACAUCGACUUCUCGGUAGCCGCUUCGUUCUUCAAGAGCCGUUGCAUGGUCUAUCGUAAUUACAAGCUCCUAGUCAGCACGGAUAUUUCCAAGGAAUUUGAUUACGAUAAAAUCAAUAUACACAACUUCACAGCCAAGAAAGAUCAAUUGAAGUCUCACAUCACGUUAAAGUACAUCAGUCAGUUUAAUCGAGAUGCUGACAGUUUACAAGAAAUCCACAAACUGAAGGUGAUGAGAGAAAGACUGUUCGACAGAAUAAACAGUGAGAGGAGCGCAUUGAGUGACAGUGAUCGGAACAAUAAACUUAUGUUGACCUACAUUGUGAUGAAAGUUGACAUUGAAAGGUCUAUUUCGUCUCUAAUUACCUACAUCAUGAGCAACGUAAGAUCUUAUUCGUUUGACGCCUUGACCUUUGAUAUGGAGGCGGAUGAGGGCUUUGAAGACGAGCUGACAGAUGACGCAGAGUAUACAACGGAACAGGAGUUUGAAAUCUUCGACUUUAGUCUGGAAGACGAUGUGGGAAUACCUGGAUCCUGCGCAAACGGCAGGAUGGUUUACGCAACUUGAGGCAGUAUUAUUACAUCAAUAUGACAAUUUUUUCUAAAUUAUUAUUUCCCAAGAACUUUGACUAAAACACAGUUCCUACUAGCAUUUAAUUUUAUGUGUGAGAAUUACAUGUGAAUAUUUGUGAACCUGUCACCUGUGAGAAUUACAAAUAAAUAAGUACAUAAGA